GUCUGCUCCGACCACUGAAACCGAAAAUCUCGGAAACCGAGAUUCACGCAACACCGGCCCUGCUCACCAGGAGUGACCUCACAUUUAAACAGAUGUCUCAAGCACACGCACACAUAACGUGUUGUGUUAAACCACCAGUACCAGUUAUGACUAAAGGAGACGGUGGAGGCGUAGCUGUAGGGUCUAUUUGACAAAUCAUAGAACUGAGACAUAUGAACGCAGUGACACAUUGUGUUAAAAAAAGGGAACAAAGUAGGGAUAUCUAUAAAAACCAAGGAGGAAACCAUAGUGGAUGGAUGCCAGCGCUGUUGCAAGGAUGUGGAAUGGCACGGAUCCUCUGAGAAAUGACAUCUUUUCUUGUGCGUCCCCAUCUGUAGAGGGCUACCGUUAUUUUGGUGUCCUCUUGGGAUCGUCUGUGACUAUAGUAGGAACCAUAGGGAAUAUUCUGACGGUCCUCGCCUUUGCCACUGAUUCCAGCUUGAGGACACGUUUCAAUGUUCUCAUAGUAAACCUUGCCCUCGCUGACCUUCUUUACUGCAUGAUGCUACAACCGGCCAGCAUUGACUCAUACCUGCACCUGCGCUGGAGAGGAGGAGCCACGUGGUGCCGAAUGUUUGGAUUCCUUCUGUUCCUGUCCAACAGUGUGUCCAUUAUAACAUUAUGCCUCAUCGCUAUGAGCCGUUAUUUGAUUGUUGCGCAUCGCACUUCUUGCUGCGCCCGUCUGCUCCUGUCCCGCCGUGGAGUGGCAGUGCUCCUCAUCUCAUCCUGGCUACUGGGUCUAGCCAGUUUCGCCCCACUUUGGCCCGUCUAUAUGUUUGUCCCGCAAGCGUGCACCUGUAGUUUUCACCGCAGUAAAGGGCGGCCUUACACCACAGUGCUGCUUCUCCUGUACUUCUUCUUGGGCUUGGGUUGUGUGGGCCUUUUCUACUUACUGAUCUACCGUAAGGUGCGUGUAGCUGCUAAGGCUUUUCUGAAGUACAGGCCUAGUCGUCGCUCAUCAAAAUGCAAGCAUGACGAAGCUGAAGCGGCAAUGGAUGACAGCGGGAUCAGUGAUGGAUCUUCAACAACUCUAAGCUGUGAGAUCAGUAAUGAUGAAGCAGGAGAGGAGCAGAAUAGGAACAAAGCAGAGAAAUCUGAGGGCCACACAACCACAAAAGAACCAAAAAACUCCAUUCAAGAUGACUCAAAAGACAUAGAAAUGUCUUCUAAACCAUCUCCAGUAACAAUCAAGACCACUCCAGCUGCCGGCUCAGGAGAGGACAGUGAAUUUAAGCGUGUAACUCGAAUGUGCUUUACAGUUUUCUUGUGUUUUGUAGGCUGCUUUGCACCAUUUCUGCUGCUGAAUAUAGCUGAUAAGGCGAACCGUGCACCACAGGUUAUUCAUAUGUUGUGUGCAAACCUUGCUUGGUUAAAUAGUUGCAUUAACCCUUUGUUGUAUGCAGCCAUGAACCGGCAGUUUAACCAGGCCUAUAAAAACCUACUGCGCAAAGCAUUCAUUAACCUAUGAGGAAGUCAUGGCCUAGUGGUUAGAGCGUUUGACUCCUAACCCUAAGGUUGUGGGUUUGAGUCUCGGGCAAUACCACGACUGGGGUGCCCUUGAGCAAGGCACCGAACCCCCAACUGCUCCCCG